CUACAGAUUAAUUCUUCAUUUAAAUUGGCAAAUUGAGUCCCCAAAACAGCAACCGUGAAGAAUAAGAGCCUGCAAUCAAUAAUUUCUCCAUCAAAACCAGAAGAAUCACCAUGGGAGAGCAUUCGAGCAGGAAAAAGAAGCACAAACUAGAAGAAUCAGCCACUUCUUCGUCACAAUCGUCUUCCGAGUCAGACGAUGAAACUGACAGCUCUUCCGACGAUGAAAACCGACGCAAGCGUCGGCACAAACGGCGUCGUCGCGAGGAGGAAAGGAGUCGGAGAAGCUCCUCGAGGAGCGAUAAGCAUAGAGAGAGGAAGAAGAGAGAGAAGAAGCAUAGGAAGAAGCGGAAGCAUAGAGGCAGCAGCAGCAAUAGGAGAUCAAAACGAGAGGGGAAGAGGAAGUAUCCGGAUUCUGAUGAGUCGGACUCUGUUUCCGGGUCGGACUCUGAUGAUUCCCCGUCCGAGACGCUUAGGGAAAGGCCGGAGGAUGUGGUGAAAGGUAUAUUGCAGGAGUUUCCUACUGUAGCUGGUGAUUUAGAACAGCUUCUACAAAUGAUUGAUGAUGGACAAGCUGUAGAUAUAAGGGGUUUAUCUGAAAAAUUGUUGGUCAAGCGUCUGCAAAAGCUGUUCCUGUCCUUAAACCUUAAGGAAAGCGGCGAUCAUGUCUUUCUACUACCAUCAAAAGCAUCUCCUACUUUGGAGACUAUAGGACCCUUAAUCCGCUCCCAAAUGCAACUUAAAAGUCAGGAGUUUUGUCAGAAUGAUGAGCACUCGAAGCCAUGGGAUUCAGGAGGCGGACAAGAAAGUUAUAAUGCCAAUAUGAGUUUGCCAAAUGAAGAAGCUAGUGCUCAUAAUGUUAAUUUGAGUUUGCCAAAUGAUAAUGCUAACGCUUAUGAUGCUAAUUUAAGUUUGCCUGCCAAAGAAGGUACCGGCCCAAAAAGGAGGGUUAUUGGCCCCGCAAUGCCUUCUGCAGAAUUACUUGCUGCUGCAGCUAAAUUGACAGAAGCACAAGCUGAGCUGAGGGAUGUUGAGUUGGAAGAAGAUACUGAAUUGUUUGUGGGACCUCCACCUCCUGCUUUGGUGACUGAGGUAGAAUCAGCAAAUGAGGCCGAGCGUUUUGAAGAGGUUACAAGAAUCAUGGGAGCAGAGGCAGACAACUUAUAUGAUGUUUUGGGUGUGAACAGAAAUAUGUUGGGUGAUAACAUAAAGAAAAGGUACUGGAAGCUGUCUCUGAUGGUGCAUCCUGAUAAAUGCUCUCAUCCUGAAGCUCACCAAGCGUUCAUCAAGCUGAACAAAGCCUUUAAAGAUUUGCAAGAUCCGGACAAAAGGAAAGUGUUCGAUGAUAAAAUAAAGCACAAGGAAGAACAAGAGGAACUUAAGGCAGAUUUACAAGCUAUGCGUGAAGCCGCCCUAUGGAGACGUGUGCAAGGUAUCUCCAUGGAAGGUGACGAUCUGCUGUUAGCAGAGAUGGAGGUCAAAGCUGCACCAAAGAGAGAUGAAUGGAUGACAACGCUGCCUCCUGAAAGAAAAGGCGGCGUGACUAUGCAAUCAACGACGAGCUUUAGCAAGAGUUCGAAAGAAGGCCGAGGUGAUACUAGUGCCUGGACAGACACCCCAUCAGAUCGAGCUCAGAAAGCCAAAAUGAAUUAUUUGGAAGCCUUUAAUGAGGCUUCAGCACUUGCUUCUAAAGAACAAGAAAAGAGUAGAGCAAGUGUCGACGCUGAACUGGUGGAACAGUACAAUAAAGCGAAAAGAUCAAAAUCUAUGGUAGAAAAGCACCAAGAAACGGUGCGGGCCAAAUCAAAGAAAAAAUCUAAGCAGGAAUCAAUGAAAGAAGAAUGGGAAGGAAAUCAUCCAUGGAAACCUUGGGACCGUGAAAAGGAUUUGACAGCCGGAAGGCAAAACGUUAAGCUUGAAGCUGCAGACAUGGCUCAGGGUCUCACUUCCAGGUUCUCUUCUGGAUCUUUCCAAAGGAACUUCCUCUAGAAGAAAUGUGCAGGCUUCAAGUAAGAGAUCUUUUCUGAUGUUCGAAUUUGCAUUAGCCCUUUAAAUAUUUUUACUUGAAAGAGAAUAUUCUGGGAACUCCGUUUUUCAAUGUUUUUUUCUUGAACGUCCAUCCCAAGUGUAUCCAUCAAUUUGACAUGUUGUAGGGAUGUAUGUGUAAACAUCGAGGUACAGCUGAUAACUUGCAGAAUAUUUGAGUCUUUAUUAAUCUAAGCAUUGAUGAGAGAAUAUAUGACUUUAUCUUUUACUCA